UUGAAUUCAAUUGAGAUGUAUUCCUCCUUUCUUAUUCUCCUGUUUGUUUCAGGUUACGGCGGUGGUUGGGGCUACUCAGGCCAUUCAGUGGAAGCUCUACGGUUCUCGGUGGAUGUUGAUGUCUUACUAGGAGGGCUGGGGCUUUUUGGAGGACGGGGUGAAUACAACGCAAAGAUAAAGCUGUAUGAGCUGGGGUCCAAGGCGGCUGAGUAUGAACCUGAUGGGGAACUACUCGCCGAGAGCGACGAUAUCACAUUUGAGUGUGGAGCCAGAGAGAAGUUUCCCAUCUUGUUUGAUGAGCCGGUCCCCCUGACCGCAGGAUGCUGGUACGUGGCUUGGGCUAGGGUCAACGGACCAAGUAGCGAUUGUGGAUCCGGUGGCCAAACCUCCAUCACCACAGAUGACCAAGUGACGUUCCAGUUCAUGAGUUCCAAGAAGUCCAACAAUGGCACAGACAUCAAUGCUGGACAGAUCCCACAGUUACUGUACAAGCUGCCUCAACCUGACAUUAGUUCAUCAGGCGGACUGUCGUCGCAGACGGAACCCGUCCACAUUCUCACUCCACGAUUCAGCAAUACCGUCAACACGGAGGUGUUUAAGUCUCUACUGCGCCUGCUGGACUGGAGCUGGAACAAGCUGGCGGAGGGGAUACUGGUGGCCCUCAAGCAGGGCGGUAAGAGGCUGCUAGACUUUGCCUUGGACCUGGAGAGACUCAUGUACAUUGCCACGGCUUGCCUGAGACUACUGCGGAGCUACGUCUGCGAGGUCUACCCAAGCCCAUCUGCCUUUAGCAAGAAACAACCCACAGAGAACGGCCAGCUUCCGGAGUCCAUCGCGGCCUGCUGUGACCUGCUGAGGCUGAUCCUGUCCAACUCCACACAGCCCUCCAUCCAGCGUCUCAUGGACCGGACAACAACGACAGCGGCUGAGACGCAACGCCUGAGGGCGCUGUGGGAGAGCAUCCUGACAGAGUGCCACCGGACGUUCGUCUCCUGCUUCCACGCCUUCUACCCGUCAGCCCAGCUCAAGUGGAUGUUUCUGUGUGAGCUGCUGGGCUCCAUGGGCAGCGCGGAGCAGGCAGAGCCCAACGGCAACCUCCUAGGGGCGGUCCUGGAGGCCCUGUGCCACCCCUCGGUGCGCCUGUCUAGCGUCCUGCCCAUCCUGAGGGACAGGGACCGGGACGGUGAGGUCCCAAACGUCUUGACCAAGCAGUGCUCCAUGGAGGACGCCUCCCCUCUCGCUGGGGCUGCUGCCUCCGCCAUCGCGGCCGAAGUGAGUUCAAACUCUGUGGAGCUUGUGGCUCUCAUGGAAGAACGCAUACAGUUGGAUGGGGUGAGGUCGAGCCCCAACUUCCAUGAAAUCUUGGACAGGCUGCUGAACAUACUCAUCACUCCUGUCCAGCAGGCACUGAGCAAGAAGCAGUCGACCUGUUACCCACUGCUAGUCUCCAAUACCAGCCGUCUCCUUGCCUGCGUCAUUGCGGAGCUCUCUGCAGCUGCUAUCUCCUCAGAUGGUGAGAGCCAGGCCACCGGCCGUCCCCUGUUCUGCACCCCUACCCGCUACGGCCGGGUCAGCCAGGGUCGAGGCUGGAGUACGGGCAACGGUACACCGGACGCUGUCUGCUUCAGUGUGGACAAACCGGGCAUCCUCAUCGCCGGGUUCUGUAUCUACGGUGGAGGGGGACACUACAACUAUGAACUGGAACUCCUAGACGGAAGUGAGACAGGCGCCGACGGCCACAGCCAUCGCUGGAACUCCUUGGAGCUGGUCAAGGGCUCCUACGGCCCCAGCGACCUGGUCAACGACGUGGCCGAGGUCAAGUUUGACCGACCGGUAGCGGUCAAGGAGGGGGUGAAGUACGCAGUGCGGCUCAGAAAUCACGGCAACCGAACGGUGAACGGAGACGCUGGCACAACCCACGUCAAAUGCCCUGACGGAGUGGUGUUCACCUUCAGCUCCUGCCCCCUGAGCAGUAACGGUACCAGCCAGACGCGGGGCCAGGUGCCUCAGAUCCUCUACUUCAACACUGCGGCCGACACUGAGCACACUCAGACCGAGUCCCACUCGGUGGUUCUGGAGCGUCAGGCAAGAAAGAGCGCCUUGUCCAUCACUAGCAUCAUCAUCAAGGCUGCUACCGAACUCCUGCACCAGGCACAAGGAUUACAAGAUGCUGAAUUGUCGGAGGUCCUGGGCUCAGCGCAUCUCUUCAUCAGCCUGUUACCCCUCGUAUUGGCCCAUAUUGGGCCGGUUGCUGUAUCAGAUCCCAAGAGCGCUGUGCAGAUCUUGGACUUGAUCCAGGAGCUCCUGCCCCCAGUGGCCGCCAUCAAUCUCCAGUUUUCCCCGCCCACUGACUCCGCAUCAGCCAUUGCCGGCCACGCCCUUGACAACAUAGCCAGCCAAUCAGGCGAGGCCGGGGGCGGAGUCACCACCUCAUCUCAUUAUGCUGUGGUGGAGAGUGACCACCCUUACAAGGCUGCCACUGUGGCCAACUACAAGGUUACAUUCCCGGAGACUGUGCAGUGGAUGCUGCUGGAGUUUGACCCCAUGUGUGGCACGGCCCAGCCAGAGGACGGUCUGCAGCUCUACAUCCCAGCCAGGGGCGUAAGCUCCGCCCCAAAGGCAGCACCCUCCGCCUCGUCGACCACCAUCAAGAAAAGUACAGGGGAAGAGUCGGCGGAUGAGUUGCAGGUCUCUCAUUGGCCGGUGCUGAGCCGUUUCCACGGCGGCAGUAACUGGCCCACGUCUGCGGUCAUCCUUCCAGGUAAUGAAGUCAACUUCUCCUUGGAGACAGCCUCUGAUUACAUGAAGGAUGAGAAGGCUAGCACCUAUGGCUUCAAGUGUGCCAUUGUGGGCUAUGAGUGGUCAGCAAAUGAAGAGGGCCUGGUUCAACUAGAGAAGGAGCUGGCCUACCUUGGCGGCAUGUGCGCGGGAUCCCUGCUUCGUAAGGACAUCGUCCUGCCUCCAGUGAUGGGGGAGGAUGGGGAAGAGGAAGUGGAACCCAUCGCAGAGGUUGCCCAACAGGUAUUUGGUGCUCAUUCAGGGCUACUCGGCAAAGGUUUUGCCCUGCCCAAUCCGCCUAGCAUCCAUCAGGCUCUAGAGGGCAGUCUUCCCCUCAGUACGCAAUCCAACGAGAGGGCAUUCCUGAAGGACUUUGUGCAGUGUAUGCAUGGAACGAGCGGCGGUCGACUAGCCAGAUGGAUGCAGCCGGAGUCCUACGUAGACCCCAGACAGUGUGAUAUUGUGUUCCAGCGUGAGGACAUUCGAUGCAGUAUGCCCACUAUAGUCAGCAUCAUGAGCAGGGACCAGUAUGGGAGCCUGGUCUACGUGCCCAAUCUCAAGGUUGAAGUUGAAGCCGUACCCCUAGGGAAGCGAGAGAAGACCUACCACGGUGCCAAACUCUUCAAGUCCACAGCGCCUGGGGAGAAGGACAUGACGUUCGGCGGCCACCCAGCACCCAAGCUGGACGUACCGUACGAGGCCACCAUACGCAAGGACAGCAUGGCCUACAACUCCAUCACCAUGAUGAAGGAAUACGAGCUGUACUCGUUUGAAGAGUUGAGAUACGCCUCUCUCCCUGUCACAAGGCCUCACGAGAGCAUGCUGGUACGAGACAACAGCGACGGAAGCUACAGUGGUAACUGGACACCCAGCUCAAUGGGCCUGUACGCCGUACAUGUGACAAUCGACGGGUACCAGCUAGAUGAAGUGCCACAGAUUGAAGUGAAUGAGCCUCCACAGGGGGUGCUGCCACCAAAUCCAACAGCCAAGAAAACCGUGCAGCCCACCAGCAAGGUGCGUAAGUUUGUGAUGAAGCAGAGUCGAGGCCUUCGGAUCAGGAGCAGCCCGUCCCUGCACAGCGAGGAGAUCGGCAUCGUGGAGGUCAACGGGGUCAUUACAUUCGUGGAUGAGGUUCACAACGAGGAUGGCGUAUGGGUGCGCCUGAACACAGAGACCAUAGAGAAGUACUGUCGGAGCAAUGGGCAUCGGGAGGGAUGGUGUCUGCAGUACAACCAGCACAUAGGCAAGACCAUGCUUGUGCCCGUCGAGGAACCCAAGUCAAUAUACGAUGACAAACUGAAGGAAAACAAAGGCACGCUGACAUCCUCACCAGUCUCAGCUGCAGCGACUUCGUCAGCAGCAGCAGCAGCAGGUGCAACAGCAGCAGCAGCAGCAGGACCAAAGGCCAUGGCCAAAGUACCCACCAGAGUGCCAGCCAGGCCGGCCACGGGCGGGCCGGGCAUGUAUCAGGUGACCAACUGUGGGGCCUCGGGCCACAACAUCAGGUGCCGGGCCAGCAUCAAGGCCACGCCUAUCGGCAUGAUGGUACUAGGUAACCAGGUCAGCGUCACACAAGAGAUGGCGCAAGCGGAUGGCUCAGUCUGGGUGAAACUGGACAAGGAGAGUAUGGCCCACUACUGUGAGAACACCGAGGGGGAGGCGUGGUCCCUGGCCCAGGGGAAGGGCUUGAUGUACCUCAUCCAUGAAGCUGAUCUGACCUCCGCAGACAAGGAGCAGGCCAGGAAGUGCGUCAGGCCCUUCUUGUUCUUCGGGGACAACAAGCAUGGCAGUAAAAACUCUGGUUUUGACUUCAGGAAUGCUCAGGCCACGCCGGCAAUGGGUUUUGCCACCACAAAUCUGGCUCCGUUUAUGUUCGGGGCCUCCAAGCCGAAACCUGCAUCCGACCAGAAUGGGGAGGAGGAGCAGGUCGGGAUAGCCGAGAUAGGCCCAAAGAUGAGCAACUUAGCCAUGGAGACCCCAAAGCACAAACCAGUUGGACUGCCAGGUCACGGAGCUGUUGGAAUGGCCAAUGGCUUCGCUGGUAACGGAAUUGAUCCGCUUGAAGAGUUUGAAGUGGGUGGUCCCAGUCCCCCGCACAAUGCCGAUGUACCGGGUCCAUCAGCUGGAGGGGCAGCUGCCGCAGGGCACCAGCCAAGCUUCAAACGGCCGGGCAUCGAUUUUGAGACAGGAGCCGAAGAGCUGUCCCCAUUUCGAAAUUCAAACCAUCGAGAUAUUAUCAACUCAAACGGCUUGCCUGAACGGAAGGCCUCUCUUGGAGGGGAUAGCCCAUCACCCUUCAAAGUCGACUCAGGAAUUCAACAACCUAAGGAUCAGCUUUCAGGAGCUGAGGGCAGGGUAUUAGAAAGUAGUCCACAGCGGACUCCCAAAGGACACUUCUCUAUUGGUGUGAGUGAUGGGCAGGCCUCACCAAAAAGUGGCAUGUCCCCAAAGCAAGGACGGAAAUCAAGGACAGCCUUUGGAAAGCGGGAUCGCACUGCUUCCCCUUCAUCAAAGGAAAGGUCCCCAGCACGAAUCAAAUCCAGCAUUACAAAGACGGAGAUCAAGGAGAACGCUCAGUCGGCUAUUGCCACUUCGGUUGCAGAAUGUGCAAGGUGUGUGUUUGCAGCCUUCCUGUGGCAUGAGGGAUUAGUCCACGAUGCCAUGGCAUGUGCCUCAUUCCUGAAGUUCAACCCACAUCUAGGUAAGCAGACCUCACAACAACAGAGGGACAUCCAAAGAGAGACCAAAUUGAAGAACAGGCACUCCAUGGACUUCUCCAAGAGUCUGAACGAUGGAACCUUCUUUUCAGAAGUUAAGAAUUCCAGUCGGGACAUCAUGAACCAAAAUGAAACUGAUCCAUCUUGCUCGUUAAUACAUGCGAGUGAAAGGAAAGAAGCUGUGCCGGAUACUCUGACUGCCACAACAGAAGAGAGCUCGAAGACUGCACCGGCAAUACAGCAUCUAGCUGAGAAAUUGGCCAAGGCUUCACCCAUGUCCCCCCCAAAGCUCCCGCCAAAGCACCACCUCAAGGGCUCACCUUCCCCUGGCCCCAAGGUUAAGAAACAGCAGGGCACAGUACUACUCAAGACAGACAAUAGUGGUUCUUCAAGUGACACUGAGUUACGAGAGCGAGCCUCAAGCACUGGCUCGGACUCUGUCAAUCAGAAGAAUGCGGUCCGGGACUCUGAGAGCUUGAGGCCUACCAAGGAAUCCCAGUUACCAUCUGUGUUACCGGUCACUCUGAAGCAUCUACUGUCCUUCUGGGAGGAGUUGACCCAAGCCACAAUCAACAUUGCCUCCCAGCAACUUGUUCUCCCCAGCCCGGCUCCGAUAACCAAAUCACGAAGCCGGAUUGAACAGAAAAUUCGGGAAAAGGAGAAAGAACCCAAGGGGAAGAAGCGCCGGGAGAAGUCCGUCCGCGGUGGACGAGGGAACCUCUUUGGGGAAGCUGCUGGCGUGCCUGUUGGUGGCAGUGACCGUGAAACAGUCUGUGACCUCUGCCACGGAGUCUUUCCCCACCCUGUGACAUACCACAUGCGGCAGUCCCAUCCUGGAUGCGGACGUCAUGCAGGGGGACAGGGGUACAACAGCAGUGGACACUACUGUGGGGGUUGGGCAGGGAAUUGUGGUGACGGAGGGGUCGGGGGAAGUAGCUGGUACCUCAUGUGUGAACGCUGCCGGGAGAAGUACAUCCGGGAGCGGCAAGACAAGCUCAAGGAGAAGGUCAAGAAGCAGAGGAAGAAACUCCCGCCGCUGAAGACGCCCAAGAUGCUACCACCCCUGGAGGCCCACCACGUCAUGAAGGCCAAUGCCAUGUUCCUCCUGGAUCUUGCCAGUGCUGCCGGACCUACCUUCCCAGGGACCAGCCCCAUGAGGAAGUCCACCCGCUUCGACCUGCCCAUCCUGAGCGAGACGGAAGCCUUGAACUCUCAGUUCCCACCUGUUCCGUUUCAGUUUGUGAAGCUGAUGAGGAGGGGGUCUGUAUCUGAGUGUCCCACCUUGCCGAUGGAGGAGCGACCUCUCCACAUGCUGCCGAGGGCUGAAAGUGAGAUGGCGGUACCCCUCGUCAAGUCAGCCUCAGUGGACAGCAAACGAUUGGAUGACGGUCUCGACAACUCCAAGCGAGUGUCCUACUUCCGUUCCAUCUCCAUGACGGGUCAGGUUGGGUCCCAAGGGGAACCCAAGUCCAAGACCAGAAGACGCAACAACAGCAGCAGCUCAUCAGAAGAUGGUUCCUCGUUGCUUCGCCGGCCCUCAUGUCUCCUGGCCAAGCUGAUAGAGGGCGGCAGCAAAGGCUGCCGGGCCCUGCAUCGUCCCGUCAUGUCCUUCAUUGUCCAGCGCCAUGACCUGGAGGGCUUGCAGCUGGCCAUGAAGCAGGCAUUGCGCAAGGCAUCGUGUAGGGUCUACGCUUUACAGGCGCUAAACUGGCUCCUGCGCAGCGUCACCCAGCUGACCAGCUUGCAUGACCUCCUGUGGCACUACGUGGGUGCCCUGACCCCACUCAGCCCUGACAAAGAUGAUGAAGCUGAGGCGGCAGCAGCAGGGCCCGAUAAAGGCAAAGGGAAGGAGGAGAAGAAGGAGAAGAAAGUAUCUGAGCAGCAGCAGGACUUUGACGGCCUGAUGUGUGAGCAUCCGCUCUCAGACAUCACCGUGGCUGGCGAGGCAGUGCAUCCGUUACCCACGGCCUUCCACACCUUACUGCAGACGGUGGCCGACAUGAUGAUGCUGCUGCCCCACGGCAGCGCCUUGCAGCAGAUGGCCAUGCGCUGCUGGUGUUUGCGCUUCCGGCCCGCGGACCACGUUUUCCUGCACCACUCCCACGUCUUCAGCAACAUCAACCAGAUCCUGUCGCGAUCGGACAGCCAGGAAGGGGAGGGGGAGGACAGUGUGGCAUCCAGUAACGACUCACUGCCUGCCAGUCUGAACACUGCCAAGGUAGAGCUGCUGCGUGACGUGACCAACGCCACUGAGCUGCAGGUCUCCAGUCGGGCAGCCAUGCUCCCCAGCCUGACUGAUGGCUCCACUGAGACGUUCUGGGAGUCUGGUGAUGAGGACAGGAACCGGACUAAGUCCAUUACCGUCACUUGCAACGAGGGUCUGGUACCCAGAAUGGUUGCUGUGCAUGUAGACAACUCCAGGGAUUUAGGGAACAAGGUGACUGGCAUGACAUUCUUCACCGGGCCCAACCCAGACUCCCUCCAGCGGACCCUCAACUCCAGCAUGGAAGCCCGGCACGUGGGCUGGGUCACCUGCAACCUGGACCUGUGCCCGGACAGACCCAAAGUCAUCAAGGUGGAGCUGAAGGGACCGGAUAGCCACCUGCGGGUCCGUCAGGUCAAAGUCCUGGGCCAGAACGAGGGCGAGAACCUCAGCACAGGUCCCCAGCAGUCGGCGCAAGCCUUACAGCAGAAGAACUGCGAGGCUGAGACCCUGCGAGUCUUCAGACUGCUGACAUCUCAGGUCUUUGGCAAGCUGCUGAGCGACGAGGAGUCCGGCGAAGACAGGAUGGAAGAGAACGGGGAGAAACAGGACGAUGAUAGCUCGGAUAUCGGUGAUCCAGAUCUCAGGGAACAUAUGGUGGGCAUUCUCUUCAGCAGAAGCAAGCUCACCAAUCUACAGAAACAGGUUUGCUCCCACAUCGUGCAAGCCAUCCGCAAGGAGACGGCCAAGAUGCGAGAGGAGUGGGAGGCCAGCCUGGCCAGCAAGGCCCCUGCCACCGUGCUCAGCCCCACGGAGGACCCCCAGCCGUUCCUCUCAGCUGACGCUUACUGCUUUGAGCUGCUGUCCAUGGUGUUGGCGCUGAGCGGCUCCAGCGUGGGUAGGAUCUACGUGGCCCAGCAGGCGGCGCUGCUGCAGGACCUGCUGGCCCUGCUGCACACGGGCACGCCCAGGGUGCAAAGACAGGUGACCUCCAUAAUCCGUCGCCUCCUACCGGAGAUCCCUCCAGCCCACUUUGCCAAGCUUACCGGCGUCACCGCCUUGCCCCCUGCCGAUCUCAGCAUCCUGACCCAGUCCACGGCCGACAAGACCAACGAGUCCUUCUCCGAGGACAGCAACGUGGGGAUCCUGGACAUCUUCCUGGCUUGCAUCGCCAAGACCCUGACCGUCCAGACCAAAGUGAAAGGUGCCGGGGCAGCUGGGGUCGGAGGACAGAUCCCGGGACUGAUGAUGAGCAGCAACAGCAGCAGCAGUGGUUCUGGAGGUGGCGGCAAGGGCACGCAGUCGCUGACCCUAGCCAGGCUACAGCAACAACAGCUGAUAGCGGCAAACUCAGCAGCAGGUACUUCCGCAGCAACUGAGGAGAGUCCCUCCAAGAGAUCCAGCAAGGGUCGAUGGUGGAUGAGGGGAAGCAUGUCGCACAACAUUGCUGAGAGGGUCAUUGGACUCAUAAAGGACAUGUCAGCGGGCAAGCUAUCGGAGGUGUGGGCUACAGUGACCAAGGGAGCAAUAGCCGAGGCAGUGCUGUCACUCACCAAACUGGAUGAGACCAGGAGGCAGCCAGCUGAAUGCAUCAAAACACACACAUUGUGGUUGUCGUUGUCAUCGUUGUGCGUCUUGGAGACAGAGCACGUUGAGAGGCUAUCAUCCAGCCAAUGGGGACACAGCAAGGAAGCAGGAGCUAUCAAACAAAAGCCCACGUGCGACAAUCACGACGACGGGGAAACCCCAGCCAUAAUCCUGUGCAAUGAGUGCGGUAAUCUCUGCGCUGAGUGCGACAAGGUCUUGCAUCUCCACCGUAGAACCAGGUCACACCAACGCAAGGUUUUCAAGGAGGAGGAAGAGGCCAUCAAGGUAGACCUGCAUGAGGGAUGUGGUCGCAGCAAGCUCUUCUGGGUCAUGACCCUGGCAGAUUCCAAGACACUCAAGGCCAUGGUGGAGUUCAAAGAGGCUGCCUCAGGUAACACAGCGAGUGCAGCAGCAGGCAGCGCCGUUGGCACCUGCCGCUUCUGCGGCUCCAUGGCCACCAGCGGCCUGCUGGCCGUGGGCAGCGUCUGCGACGACCCAGACUGCCAGCGGCACAUCCGUAGCGCCUGCACCAAGACGCUGAGCUGUGGCCACCUGUGCGGCGGGGUCAAGGAGGAGGAGUCGUGCCUGCCCUGCCUCCAUGGUUGCAGCAGGGAUGCUACGCUCAAGCAGGAUGCUGAUGAUAUGUGUAUGAUCUGCUUCACGGAGGCCCUGGCGUGUGCACCUGCCAUUCAGUUGGACUGUGGCCACGUAUUCCACAAGCACUGCUGCCAGAAUGUGCUGGAGAGGCAGUGGGUGGGACCACGGAUCACCUUCGGCUUCUCUCAAUGUCCCAUCUGCAAGGCCGACAUGCAGCACAAUGUGCUACGUGACGUCUUGGCCCCGAUCGUUGACCUUCAGGCUGAUGUCCGACGCAAAGCCCUGAUGAGAAUGGAGUACGAGGGACUGCAUAACUGUGAGGCCAUCACCACGCCUGGAGCUAGGUUCUACAACGAUCCCGCAGGCUUUGCUAUGAACAGAUACGCAUAUUACGUCUGCUUCAAGUGUAAAAAGGCUUACUAUGGAGGUGAAGCUCGAUGUGACCAAGACCUUGGGGUACAGGGCGACUAUGACCCAACGGAGUUGGUCUGUGGAGCGUGCUCAGAUGUCUCCAGGGCUCAGAUGUGCCCCAAACAUGGAACCGAUUUUCUAGAGUACAAGUGCCGCUACUGCUGCUCAGUGGCGGUGUUCUUCUGCUUCGGCCGGACGCAUUUCUGCAACGCCUGCCACGAUGACUUCCAGAGAAUCACCAGCAUUCCCAAGCCUGACCUACCACACUGCCCAGCAGGUCCCAGGGCUAAGCAGCUUGAAGGCGACGAGUGCCCGCUACACGUUGAGCACCCAGUGACGGGAGAGGAGUUUGCACUGGGCUGUGGGGUCUGCAGGAACGCCCACACCUUCUGAUGAACAUCCCGAAGGAGGGAGUCACCGAUACAGAGAGAGAGAGAGGAGAUUUGGUGGCUGUGGAAGGGGACUGUUGCACUCCACAACACUUCAGAAUGUGCUUAACCAGUUCACGCCAGGAUUAUUAUGACCAGAAUGGAACGAGGCCCAGGAUUUAUUUCACUUUAUCUCAAACCAGGCGGGUUGCAGCCAUCACCCUCGGGCAGCACACUCAUAUUUCCGGCCUCGCUCGCUGCGAGUGAGUUGCUGACAGAUAU